AUGCCUGCAGAAGCGGUUGUGAACAACCUUGACUUGAAAACUAUUCCUAAUGAAUUAAAAUGCCUCAAUGAUUUGGAGGAACAUUUAGUAGCAUUGCAUAUUCCAUUUUUGAAAAUGUUGGCUUUGCCAAGAGGUGGUCAAAAAGGCGUUCAUGGGCCAGUUGUUUGUGUACCAUCGAGUGUGGUGGAAGCAACAAGCUUUUUACCAAGAAUUGAAUCAGAGGAUCAGACAAUAAGAGUUAAACUGAAGCGAAAACUGACAUACAAAGGUCACUACCAGUUUAAAUGUGUUAAGAAACGUCAUGUCAAAAAUGCUUUAGUGUAUCUUCAAAAGAAUAAUAAAUGGUAUAAAGAUAUAAAAUUCAAUGUGGAUUGGGAAAACACUCUAUCAAGAAAUGAAGAUAAUGAGAACUCUUCUGACGAAGAACAUAGUGAAACAUCUGAUACAGAGAAUGAACCAGACGAUGUUCAUGGAAUGUCCAGUCAAAAGUGUCAAUUGCUCUUCGUAAAGGGAAAUGGUAUUGCUUUAGGUGAGAAAGUGACAUCGAAGGUUCUAACAAACCGAGACAAACUGAUAGAAAUUAUAAAGAAUGAUGAAGGCUACAAAUUUAUGACACCUAUCAGAGGAACACCACCUUACUGGCAAGCUACCCAAAAAGAUAUUUUUGCAAUGAUAAGGCAAUUAGGUAUACCGACCUGGUUUUGCUCAUUUUCAUCUGCUGACUUGCGAUGGAAGGAAAUUGUGGAAACAAUACUCCAUGAACAGGGUGACUAUAGCACUUCUGCUAAUGAUCUUGAUUGGUCUCAGAAAUGUGAAAUACUAAGACAGAACCCAGUAACAGCAGCUAGAAUGUUUGAUCACAGAUUCCAUUAUUUUUUAACUCAUGUAAUAAUGUCUUCAGCACGUCCUAUUGGGCAUAUCAAAGACUAUUUUUACAGAGUAGAAUUUCAACAACGUGGUUCACCACACACGCAUUGCUUAUUCUGGGUGGAAAAUGCUCCAAUUGUGGACAAUGAUGCUGAUGAUAAAGUGAUUGAUUUUGUUGACAAGUAUGUAACUUGUAAUAUGCCUUCUCUAGAAGAGGAUUCAGAAUUGCACGAAAUUGUAAACAAAGUCCAAAAACACAGCACAAGGCAUUCAAAAUCUUGCAAGAAGAAAGGCACAAAUUGCAGGUUCAAUUUUCCACGACCUCCUUGCACAAGGUCAUUCAUUUGUCGAUCUGAUAAUGGAACAGAUGAGUUGCAAUUAAAAAACGUUUUAGAAGGAGAUUCUGAUGUAACUGAUGACGAAGAUUCUGAUAUGGGAAUACAUAAAUUGUCUAUGACAAAAGAAAGUGCAAAGAAAAUUCUUGGAAAUGUUUGGAAAGCCCUUUCAGAUAAUCAAAAAGAAUAUAAAAGUGUAGAUUCUUUAUUCUUGGAUAUAGGAAUUACUCAGGAAAUCUUUGAAAAGGCAAAUAGAUUAUUAACAAAGAAAACAUCUGUUGUUUUGAAACGACAGCCAAAUGAUGUAUGGGUGAAUCAGUAUAAUGCAGAUCUACUCCGUUGUUGGGAUGUAUACAAACGAGAAAUGGGGUUAUUGUUGGAUCAUGCUCAAAAAGAAGCUACAAAAGAAGGCAAUGUUGAUGCUAAGAAAGCAUUAAAACAGUUAGGAAAUGUAUACCUUCAAAACAGAGAAGUUAGUGCCCAAGAGGCUGUAUAUAGAGUAUGUAAUCUGAAGCUGAAACAGGCAUCACGAAAAGUCCAGUUUAUUCCAACUGGGGACAAUCCUGUUAAAAUGAGUUUGCCAUUUGAGGUCAUCAGAAAACAAAAUGAAUGUGCUAUUGUAGAUGAAGAUGAUAUAUGGAUGACUAGCAUAGUUGACAGAUACAAAGCUAGACCAGAUGGACAAGAGUUUGAUAUGUUGUGUCUUGCUGCAUUUUGCUCAGAGUACAGAGUUCUUUCAACAUCUGAAAUGUCAAAUGUCAAUAAUGAGAAGAGAAAAAAUCCAGCAGUAACUUUGAAAAAUAACCUUGGUCAUAUGCAAAAAAGGUCUAGAAGUGAGCCUGCUGUUAAAUCGAGCUUAUUUGAGAAAGAAGCUGAUGCUAUUGACACUGCAUCAAAAUUACUUGAUGAAUGUGGACAAUUAGAAGAUGCAUGGGCAAACAUAUGCCCAGAAACUGAAUCUGAACGAAUCGAGUGCCUUGAAGAAGCACAGAAAAAUACUAAUGAUAAUGAGUAUGACACUUCAAUUCCUGAUCUAGAAGAACAACCACAGAUUUCAGAUAGCCAUGUUGUAGUACCUUCUUGUUCAAUGUCAAAGAUUGAGGGACACUCUAUGCUGAGAAAAUUGAAUGUGAAGCAGUCUGAAAUAUUUUACAAAAUCCGACAGUGGUGCUUGGAUAUAAACAAUGGAUUGAACCCAGAUCCAUUUUUUGUGUUUGUCACUGGUGGAGCUGGAACUGGGAAAAGUCAUUUGAUCAAAUCUGUGUAUUAUGAAGCUACACGCAUUCUUGCUCGUUCAUUACCGAAUCCUGAUGAUCUUUCUGUACUUUUAACAGCACCAACUGGUGUUGCUGCAUUUAAUAUUGGAGGUAUGACUGUGCACAGUGCUUUAUCAAUACCAGUUAAUGCAAAGCUACCAUAUGUACCACUGGGCAAUGACAAGAUUAAUAGUGUUCGUUGUAAGCUAAACACUCUUCAAAUCCUAGUGAUAGAUGAAAUUUCCAUGGUGGACCACAAAUUACUUGCUUAUAUCCAUGGUCGAUUGAGACAGAUUAAACAAACUAGCAGUCAUUCACCAUUUGGUAAUGUUUGUGUCAUGGCCUGUGGUGAUUUUUACCAACUGCCACCUGUAAAAGGAAGUUCAUUAUGUCUUGGAAAUGAAGUUGUUAAUCUGUGGAAUGAUAAUUUCAUGAUUGCAGAACUAACUGAAAUAAUGAGACAAAAAGAUGUUGCAUUUGCUGAGACACUUAAUAGGCUGCGAAUUCAUAAGAAAGGAGAGGCACUGUCUUCCAUUGAUGUUGAUAUGCUUGAAGGUCGAGAAACCGGUGAGGAGAGUGAUGCAAUUCAUAUUUUUGGUACAAAUGCACAGGUUAAUGCAUGCAAUGUAAUGAUGCUUCAUAAGCUAUGCACAGAUCCUGUAUAUAUUGAGGCUCAGGAUUAUACCAAAAAUGCAAAGACAGGUAAACUGGAAAGGAAUCAAAAUCCCCAUAAGAAGGUUUACAUGAAUCUGUUACCAGAAAGUAUAACAUUAGCUACUGGUGCAAGAGUGCAACUUACAAAAAACAUAGAUGUUUCAGAUGGUCUAGUUAAUGGUGUAUUUGGAACUGUAAGUCACAUAACUAUGAUACCAGGGAAUAAUUUCCCGUCUGCAAUAUAUGUAAUAUUCGAUAAUGCCAAAGUGGGUGAAAAGUUACGAAAAACAAGUGCAAUUUCUUCAGCAUUGCCAGAAAAUAGUACUAUCAUUAAAGUUAAUGAAGACACUGUUGCACCAAAUGGUGGUAUCAGAAGACAGUUCCCUCUUAAGUUAGCUUGGGCUUGUACAGUCCAUAAAGUACAAGGAUUAACUGUAAGCAGAGCUGUCGUUAACUUAAAAAAAAUCUUUACAUCAGGACAGGCUUAUGUGGCUUUAAGUCGUGUAACAACUUUGAGUGGACUUAUUGUACAGGAAUUUAAACAAUCUGCAAUUUAUUGCAAUGAGAAAGUGCAAGCAGCAUUGGAAAACAUGCCAAAGUUCAUCACCGAUUCAUUUGAGCAGUCAAGCACAAACUACAUGUGUACUUUUAUUAUGCAUAAUAUUCAGGGUUUACAGUCCCAUAUUCAAGACAUUCAAAAUGAUAAUACAUUCUUGGUGUCUGAUAUAAUAUGUCUCACUGAAACAUGGUUAACUGACAGGGAACCUGAUUUUGACAUUCAAUUGAAUGGAUUUAGUUUUAAUCACAAACCAAGACGUCUUUCUUACAAUAUAACUACCGAUAAUACAGCUAAGUUGUUAGAUCAGUGUCAUGGUGGUGUAGCAGUAUAUGCUAAACGUAACAAAUCAUUUAAGAUUUUGAACUUGCCAAUAUCAAAUAUGGAAUGUUUGGUAUUUUGUUUAACUGAUUUGAAUUUAACUGCUGCUGUUAUAUACAGACCAGCAUCAUAUCAGAUAGAGAUAUUCAGAGAAAGUUUGCUUGUCCUUUUAGAAGAACUAGAUAAACAACAAGGUGGAACAAUUAUUAUGGGUGAUUUCAACCAAAAUAUCCUUGUUUCUUCAUCAAUUAUGAAGCUAAUGCAAGACACGGUUUUACGCAGUGU